UCAACAACGAAUUCCAACUCUAAAUGUCGUGGCGCAUGUUGUGUAAUAUGUUUUGACUUAGUUCUGAAUGUCCGAAAGAAGCUAUCGUAAAUAAAAAUGUCAUUAUCCUGCAUAUCGUGUAAGGUUGUAUUUUCAGCGCCUGAAUUACACCAUGAACAUUACAAAACUGACUGGCAUCGAUAUAACCUGAAACGUAGGGUUGCUGAAUUGCCUCCUUUGACGAAAGAAGAAUUCGAUAAAAGAGCGGCUGUGUUUCAGUUAAAUGCAGAGACCAGAGAAAAAAAAGAAUUCUUACGAUGUGAAUUAUGUAAUAAAGUGUUUUCCUCUAAAAACACUUUUGUCAAUCACUUGAAGUCGAAAAAGCAUUUAGAAAUGGAAGCUGGAGAACCUAACAGAAUGAAAAAAUCCGUUUCCGUUGUACCUCAACAGGCAGCAAAAGUUGUUGAAGACGAAAAGAAAAGCGAGACCUGUUCUGAUGACGAAUGGGAAGACGAUGAUGAUGGUGACUGGGAAAGCUGCGAUGAAGAUGAAGAAGUAAGAAGAAUAAUUAUAGACACAAAUGAUUGUUUAUUUUGCGAUAAUGUGAGUGAUUCAACCGAAGGUAAUGUUACACACAUGACCGAGGUACAUUCUUUUUUUAUACCAGACAUAGAAUAUGUUUCAGAUUUAGAUGGUUUAAUUGCAUGUUUGGCUAAAAAAUUACAUUUAUACCAUAUAUGCUUGUGGUGUAGUGAACAAGGGAGAACUUUCAAGUCUGUAAUAGCAGCAAAACAGCACAUGCGUGAUAAAGGCCACUGUAUGAUGUAUAAUGAAGGCGAAGCGUUUAUGGAUUAUGCUGAUUAUUAUAAUUAUGAAAGUGCUGCUGAUAUAGAUGAAGCAGUAUCAGAUGCUUUGAGUGGUUCUGAGGAUUUUGUCGUCUUGCCUUCAGGUGCUGAGAUUGUUCAUCGUUCGUUAGCUUUGUAUUUUAAACAAAACAAGCCAAUUUCACCAGAUAAUAGCCAAAAGGUAAAAAGAAUUUUGCAGCAUUAUAAGGCGUUGGGUUAUACUGGUGCAACAGGACAAAUGGCUCUCAAAAAGGCUCGAGAUAUUCAGUUAAUGAGAAAGGUUAAAAGUCGUUAUGAUUUAAAAUUAGGAAUGAAGCAAAAUAAAAUGCAACCUCAUUUCAGGUCGCAAAUUAUGUUCUGAAUUUAUAUAUGUUAAAUUCUAUAUCUAUAAAUUUCAUGUUAACUCCUUUAAUUUUUUUAUAAAUUUACUGCUUAUGAUAAAUAAUUGAUGUUUUGUAAUUAUUUAACAAUGCAGAAGCUAUCUCAUUUUCUGUAUUGGUAAUUAAUAUUAUGACAAAUGUUGAAUUUAUUCUUUUUGUUGAGAUCUUGUUGACAUACUUCAUACAUUGUGGAAUCUAAUUUAGAGAUAUCACCUGGGAAAUAGGUUUAAAAUGGAGAUCAAAUGUUUUACUUGUGGCUGUUGUUACUCAUUUGUAUUUUAUACUGAAAGAAAUAGCAGCUUUGGUGAAUCUAUUAACAAAAAUUCCGUGAGCAUAUUUAUUACAUUAUUUGCCAAAUCUCGAUAGUUAAAAUUAGAUCCAGUGUGCAAAAUAAGUUAGAAUUCCCUGACAAGCGUUAAAAACCUGCAACCCACUCGGGGAAUUUUCCUGAAGGACAAAAAGGAAUUUUUCUGUUUACAUAGAUUUAGGAAACGUUUAUGGCAAGACAAAAUAGAAGUUGGAAAAUCGCAAAUCAUAAUUAGUUCAUAUUUUCGCAAAUUGUUAUUGGGUGUUAAUUUCAGUUGAAAAAAUAAAAGCUCUAUUCUGUUUAUGGAACG